GGCCGAGUGUGCCCCUGUUCAUUUGCGAGGCAGGCUGACGGUGGCAGACAACAUGGCCAUAACUGCGGGACAGUUUGUGGCUGCUGUCAUUGACUAUGGGUUCAGCUACAUGGGGCAGGGCUGGAGGUAUGUAAUGUCUCUGAGUUAGCACGGCAUUUGUAAAAGAGGAUUUUUUAAUCUGACACAAAAAACACUACACGAUUUGAAACGCAGUUUUAGGUGGUAUGUAAAAUGCUUGACGCCAAUUUACAGCUGUACCCCCUCCACAUUCUAGGCCACACCUUAUUUUCCUUUAAGGCACCACACACUCCAGGGUAGUUUGUUGGACUAUCCUUUCCCCUACUUGCAAUAUAAAUGUUAAGGCCACCCUAUUUAUUCCUUAUUCCACAAUCACUUCAUAAAGUGCAUGAAAUUUAGGCUACUGCAUAGUCAAUGCCCCUAAGGACUGCACUCUUCAACUUCAAGGUUAAUAUUCAUUAUAAUUGGUUGGACUGUCUUUCCUCCCACUUGCUUUCUAAAAGUACGAAAAGUUAGUUAGGCACCCCUCACUCACUCUUGAGGGUGCUGCACAUGGCAGUUUUAUAGUCAAGGGUGGUUGGUCAUUCUCACCACAUGCUUGCAGCUACUCCUGAGAAUUAUUUUGCACUGAACUCUCCAGCUAUUUAGUUUGGACUCUCCUUUCUCCCAUUCUGUACGAAAAGUUAGCCCACCAAAUUUACCACUGUUAUAUACUUACUCCUGAGGAUUAUUUGCGCUGCACUCUCCAACCUUUGCCAAGGUUCAUGCUGGGACUUGCAGCCAUCCCAGCUGCUGUGAGGUUCAUAGCCUUCUUCUUCCUGCCGGAGAGCCCGAGGUGGCUGGUGGGGAGAGGGAGGAGAGAUGCAGCCAGAGGUGUUCUCAUGAGGCUUCGCAGGGGACCUGGGGCCGGGGAGACUGACGUGAGCGCAGCCGUGGACACGGAGCUGAGGGAGAUUCAGGAGAACCUGGAGGAAAGAGAGAAAGAGAACAAGCAAAAUAUUCUGAGGAAACUGUGGAUCAUACUGCGCACGAGGCAUCUCCUGUUGGCUCUGAUAGUUGGCUGUGGAAUACAGAUCAUCCAGCAGCUAUCUGGCAUCAACACUGUCAUGUACUACUCUCCUACAAUUCUCCACAUGGCGGGUGUGAGGGACAAUCAUACAGCAAUUGGACUAGGGGCAGUGGUGGCAUUUGGGAACUUCAUUUUCACCUUGAUUGGUCUGUACCUUGUCGAGAGAUUGGGGAGACGGAAACUUGUCCUGUCUAGUCUCGCAGGUGUCAUAGUCAGCCUCGUACUUCUCGGACUCGCAUUCUUUCUUGCUAAUUCUGUCAGCCCGUCGGCAUUUGCCCCUGCUGAUAUUACCCCAAACGAUACAUUCUGGGAUGGACAGUGUCGUGCAAGGAGUAGAGUCUGCUCAGUUUGGAACAACUGUGACGAUUGCGUCAUAAAUGACGAGUGCAGCUAUUGUGUGUUCAACGGUAGUUUUGGCAGUCACGAUGCAGUCGGACUGUGUGUAGCGUCCUCAGAUUCAAGCCUCCAUCACAAUCGCCAGUGCUAUGUCCCAAACAGCCUCAUAAGCUACACAUCGGCUGAUGGCGACGAUUGUUUUUCACUCGAAGUAGGUAACAUGACAGUGGAAACCUAUGAGACUUGCCCCAACAAGUUUGCCUGGCUGAUUCUGGCCACUCUGGUGAUGUAUAUCGUGGCAUUCUCACCAGGCAUGGGACCUGUGCCCUGGACUGUGAAUGCAGAGAUCUAUCCAAACUGGGCCCGCAGUGUGGGAAAUUCUGUAGCCACGACCGCAAACUGGGCCAGUAAUCUUCUCGUCUCGGUCACCUUCCUGCAUCUGACCCGCUAUCUCACUCGCUACGGAGCCUUCUGGCUGUACGCCGUCAUUGCUGCAUGUGGCUGGGUGUUCUUGUUCCUCCUCCUGCCCGAAACGAAGGGAAGACCCCUGGAAGAUGUGGAGGAAUUGUUUCAGAGACCGCUGUGCCCACCACCAGGCAUCAGCAGUGCUGGCAGUGGGUGUACUGUGCCAGGGAGAGUGGACCAGGGGAAGAUAGAAGAAGAUAAUGACCGUGAUUGAUCGAAGAAACCAAUCAUGUGCAUAGGCGUCCGGUGCGCAGUGAAACGCGGCCGGCUCUUCCGCAGCAUAAUUUUUCUCUUGAGAAUCGUGUCCAGACUUGCUCUGUAUUAAAUUUAUGUAGAUCGUAUCCAGACCAGAAAAUUGGGAGCUGAGACUCCGUUCUACUACCUCACCACUUGUAAGGGAACCGUGUUUUUGCUCUUAGCGACGCUACUAUUCUUUCGCGGACGCGCACAGCAGUACACUCACACAGUGUACGUGAAUAACACUGCAGACUGUCGAGAUGACAGUGCGGACUGUUGCAGGUUCUCCGCGACUCCCUGCUGCUCUCUGGACUGGGCGAGUAACCACUGCAUGGAAAACGACACGCAAAUCCUCCUUGUAGGCGAGAACCACACACUGGAAGAGCUGAUUAGCUACCUUCACAGGUUUCGAGAAUAUAGCUCUGAGAGCUGAGGCUACAAAUAACAGGUUUGAUGCGGGGAAAGUUACAGUCGAAUGUAUGCAAGGAGCUGGAUUAAACUUUAUUCAGAGCCUAAAAAUUUUAAUUGACAGCAUUGAGUUUCUCCACUGUGGGUCGCUGCAAACCAGCACGAGCCGUCGCGAUGGUGCUUUCUUACCGGUUUCUAUUGCCGUCUAUUUCCAGUUUUGCCUAAACAUCACUUUGGCAUCUGUGAACAUCACCAACAGCAGUGGUAUUGGUGUCGCUAUAGUAGGUAGCGGAGGAGUUAACUAUGUUCAGAAUAGUCGUUUCUACCACAAUGGCCCGGCUGAAGAAGACUAUGGUGGAGGUGGGCUAAAGAUAGAAUUCCCCUACUGUUAUCCAGUGGGUCAGAAUGGUUGCAAGUUAUUGAGCAACAGUGAGUACAACAGUGAUGCAGUGUAUGAGAUCAUUAAUUGUGAGUUCAAGGGGAAUAAAAGCUGCUCCUGUCCCUAAUAGGCCAAGUUACUAUCAGUUCCUACCACCUGACCCUGAACGCCACACCAGCAUAGGCCACGGUGGAGGCUUGGGACUCCACUUUUGCAAUGCCAGCAACAUUCAAAUCAC